AGGGCGCAGAAGGGACCAGGGCGCGGGGAAGUGGCAGGCCCGGCCCGGUCGCUGCGCCCUCCCGGGGCGGCUCCUCGGCCAGCCUGUCCUCUCUGCGCCUGCAGCCGGAGCUCGCCCGCGUGUUGCCCGGCCCGUGCCGCCGCUCCCGGGCUCCGGGUCCUCGCUCCGCACCAGGAGAGAUGAGUGCGGCCGCGGCGCCCGAGCGCGGCUGGAAGAGCGAGAAAGUGGACGAGGCGCAGGCCCUGGCGCGGAGCUGCGCCGCUCGCAGACCCGACUUCCAGCCGUGCGACGGGCUGUCCAUCUGUGCCACGCACAGCCACGGCAAGUGCUUCAAGCUGCACUGGUGCUGUCACCUGGGAUGGUGUCACUGCAAAUAUGUAUAUCAGCCUAUGACCCCCGUGGAGCAGCUCCCAAGCACGGAGAUCCCUGCAAGGCCUCGAGAGCCCACCAACACCAUUCAGAUCUCAGUGUCGCUCACUGAACACUUUUUGAAAUUUGCGUCUGUCUUCCAGCCUCCGCUUCCCCCUGACUCGCCAAGGUACUGUAUGAUUUCUGAUCUCUUCAUUGACAACUAUCAGGUUAAAUGUAUCAAUGGGAAGAUGUGCUAUGUGCAGAAGCAACCAGCGCCCCAUUCCCAGAAGAUGAGUCCUGAGGAGGUCUCUGCACAUGAUGCCUUACUUUCUAAAGAGAAUGACACUCCAAAACUGGAUCACUGCUCCUCCCCUUCCAGUUCUGAGGACUCGGGGAUCAACGCAGUUGGGGCUCACUAUGUGGAAUCCUGUGAUGAGGACACAGAAGAAGGGGCGGAACUGAGUUCUGAGGAAGAUUACAGCCCUGAGAGCAGCUGGGAACCCGAUGAGUGCACCCUUCUCUCCCCAUCGCAGUCUGACCUGGAAGUGAUCGAAACCAUGGAAACCACUGUGUAGUCAGCUGGGAACUGCGGCCCAGAUCCACCCUGAGCUCUGGGACUUUAAUUUGUUGUGUCCUUUUCCAAUACUCUUGGCAUUUUCCAAGCCCUAUUACUAACCAUAGCAGUCCAGGGGUCUGCUAAUUAGUGUUAAAAUGAUCUUGUAACUAGGACAUUGUUUUCUUUUGUAUCUUGCUUUCUAUGUAGCAUCUGGUGUCAUAGCUGUGACCCAGCCUUAAUUUCACUGAAACCUUUGAGAGUGGUGGUGACCACAGAAUAUCAUGGCUCAAAUGGAGGAGCUCCCCAGAGUAGAGGUGACCAUGUUUUACCAUAGCCCAUCCUUUGUGGCAAAGGCUCUUGCCCAGCUUCCCUUUGGCUUGCCAUGUGACACCUCUGUUCUGUUGGUUUUGGGGUGGGGGAGAGCUCUCUUCAGCUAACAGUGUUGCUGGCAACGCUCCUUCCCUUCCUCCUGCCUGGCUCAGGACAAGAGUAGCCUCAGGAGCUACUUCUAGGAGGUCCUUGGAGAUCCCCUUGGCCCCUGGUGAUGGCCGUGUCACAGCUUCUGUGACUGUGAGGGGAGAUAGACCUCUUCAAUUUGUGUCUAGUCCAGCUUUUGUACAGCAGGGUGGUGGGGAUUCAGGAGGGCUCAGACCUUUGUCUCACCACAAAGAGGACACAUUGAAUUACAGGAUACACGUCAGCACCCAGGAGGCCCUUGGAACCAGGGGAAGGAGAGGUGGACUUGGCCUAGGCUAGCCCAGAAAGUUUCUACGAUGUCUGAGCUGGCCCCGGUGGGUUUCCCAGCAUCCACUGCCCUUCUUGAUUGUUCUUCAGAUCAGGGAGAAGCAUUUAUGUUUUGUAGGUAUUAUAUUUAGGAGCAGCACAUCUGACAUCUUAAGAAAAAAAACCACACUAGUUUUAGUUAGCAUGGAAAUGCUAAAAGACAAGUCCUUUAGGGAUUAGGAAUGAAUCUAAUAGGUUUGAUUAAUUCUGCUUCGUUUGGUUGUAUGAAGCAUUAGAAUGGCUUAGAUGAGAAAUGGACUAGAAUUUUGUACGAUGCAUGAAUUUUAUGCAAAUGCAAAAACAGUUGAUGUAGCUCACUGCUGAGUCAGGAAGAUGUUUUAUGUGACACUUCUUUACUUUAUCACACUGGAAUCCACACACAUUGUGUGUGUUCUUUCACACACACAAAAUAGUGAGUCAUUCCUUCUCAUGCAGAUUUCUUCAAAGCUCUGUUCCUAACUUGCAAUGUACUGGAUGUUCUCAUAUGAUCUUAUUACCUGCUGUUUCUCUAACUCUAUCUAUGAAGCAUAGUACAAAUCUGGGAGCUUUAGCAUAUGCGAGGAGAGUCACAGAAUCACAGGGAGGUGGCAUCUCAGAUCCUGGCAGUCUAGGCAGGUGCUGUGGCCUAAUGGCCUUGUGCUGCCAGCAUCCAUCCCUCCCUCUCAUUAGCCUCAACUCUUUGGAAAGAGAGGCUUGCCAUGCUCUUGGGGCCUCCUGAAUUUGGGGUUCUUCACAAUGUACUUCACGAUGAACCUGCUUUCCCAACUGGUUAUGGAGUUCCAGUGAUUCAUCACUAGAACCUUCUUUAGGCUGGGAAGCCCAAAAUGUCCACAGUGUUCAGAAGGCAGAAUAUGUGGCUUCCUUUGAAAAGCAUUAGUUAGAACUUCCUGUGCUAGAUGGGAGUGUAGCAGAGAUCCCCACUUAGUGAAUGUGAAGACAAACUAAGAAGGAUCAGCAGGUUCAGGGGAGGGCAGGUGGGAGCAGCCACAACCUGGGGAGGGUCAUGCUGCUGGCCUGGAAUGGCCUGGGGGGCAUCCGGUGAGCCCUGCCUGAGGUUUGUUAUGCCUCACUGGCAUGGAACCCAAAUACCAUGAGCCACAUAUCCCUCAUCCUGCACUCAGGGCUGUGAGGGCAGCACCGGGGCCAUCUUCAAAUGCGUGGUGGGUGAUGCCCCAGGAGAGGCAGGCCCACAGCAGCCAGCACUCCAUCCCCUCACCUUUCUGAUACUUUCCGAUGGGCUCACUGCCAUGAGUAUUAAACUAAUGAGUUACAAUCCAGGUUCCAAGGCCAUGAAAACACGUGGUCUGAACCACAGUUCUGGAGCUUGGCCAGGAGCUUGACUUGGGCCCUUUAUCAGUAACAUCUGUGACUUUUGCCCAGGGUCGUUUUUCUAAAACCCCAAACUGCCACUCAGAUCUGCCACAAUUGUGAUGGAAUUUUUGGAUUUAAUAACAAUUGGUGAUCACAUUAAAUAUUUGCACAGUCUCUUUAUAAUUAAACUCA